AUAUUGAAUUUUAAGUGUGUCACGACUUGGCCAGUUGGAUCCAAACACAAAUCAAUUCCUUGUUUGAAUUUCCUUCUAUUACUCAUGGCCUCAACCUCAUCCAGCAUCGUUUUUGACGAUAUUUUUACGACCGAUGCCAUCGACAAGGAUGGCAAAAAAUUUGAUCGAGUAUCUCGGUUAUACGCUCGUUCAAAAAACUAUGAUAUGGACUUGACGCUUGACUAUAAUAUCGAACUCUUCCCUUUAGUGAAUGGGGACAGUUUUGCGAUGGCCCUUGCUUCGUCGCUAUCACGAGAUGGCGGCGCACCCACCGCAGAUGGCGAAGGUGGCGAAGACAAAGAUAGAGACGUAUGGAGGCCAGAUGGUAAAGGAAGGAGAGGAUUGGAAGAAGAUUAUGACUAUGUAAUGUAUGGGAAGGUUUAUAAGUUUGAUACUGGAUCUUCCGACAUUGUCACAGCCUACGCAUCAUUCGGUGGACUUUUGUUAUCGAUCACAGGCUCAUAUCGUCACUUGACCAAUGUCGUUCUCGGCGAUCCUGUGUAUGUACUGCUCAGAAAAUGAUUAUCGGGGAUGUUAGUACUUUACCUCUGAAGCAACCAUCGUGAUGCUAUUCAAUGCGUCACCACUGGUCAUCCUGAUUGAACUUGCAGCUGCACUGUGGUAUAGUUCGGCGGCCGCAAAGCUAGUGUUACGUCAUGACAGUUCAUUGGACUGACCUCAUGAUUAUCCUCACGGGGUUGUUUUAUAUAAAAUACGUCA